AGGGUUGGAAGUCCCUUUAUACAUGCCGGAGGUAAUCAAAGAUUUUAAAAUGGCAGGUAGUAAUUGCUGUUUUUCGAGUGUUGCUUGGCAAUUUCUUAAAUUCACACGAAUAGAAGACCGAUAACUAUACAUUUUCAGAGAUUUUUUCCUGUUGGAUUUUUAACUUGGAAGCAAAGGAGUCUCAAGUUUUUGACCAAAAAUUAUUGAUCUCAUUGACAAAGUAACUCACGAUUCUAUAAUUGAACAAUCCCUGUGGACUUUUAAAUUAUGAUGUCUAAAAUUGAUUAUGUGAAAAUAAUGUUAUCUAAUUUUUGUCUUAAGAUUAAGAUGAUUCUACUCAAAUAAAAUCACCUUGAAUCACAUUUCAUGUUUAAAUAGUUGUUGUAGAUGGUCUAUUUGUAUUUUUCUAAAAUGAAAUGUAGAGCCCUUACUCAGCCUCACGGCGUAUGAAAUCAAACCGGCCACAGCAAAGUUUCUAGCUGCUGUGUGACGGCUCCUCCUUAGGAAGCUAUACAAGUUUUUAUCUUACCCUGUUCUCUGUUCUAAUCGUUAGUCGUGAUAUUUUAAGAUAGCUCAAGUAAGACGGACAAGCUUCUAGACCAAUUGGAGGAGCUUUUCGUUGACCCCUCAACCAAUCUUGAUUCAGUUUCACCCAUCAAGUGUGAAUUGAAAGACCCAGUCCGACUUCUUGAGGAUUUGGAGACAAUAUUUCUGUCUUCAAACGAUACAACAUCACUCAACUCUUUGGAAACAGUUGAUGCAGAAGAGGAGAAUCUUUGGAGCGCAAACCAGUUGAAUAAGGCACUAAAAGAGAAAAAAGUAAAUCCAGGUCCAAGUUCUGCAGAGAAUCUACCUUCCUCCAGACCAGACUACGCACGUGAACUUCAAGAAAUCAUGAACACCACGUGGAAUUCAAACGGAAUGCCAGCUAUGCAGGAACACGGGAACGCUACCAGGGCUAAAACCUACACAAACAGCGGCCGAUACAACAGGAGCGUGGAUCAGCCACGAGGAGCCGACAUGUCAGGAGGGGGAGGAAGAGGAGGAGGAGGAGGAGCAGGAGGAGGAGGAGGAGGAGGAACACACAACCAAGUAGACCUACAGAGCAUGUACUACGACCAGAACAGUUUCUACCAGCCUUAUCCUACCACCGGCCACUUCAACCAGUUCAGCAGUCCCAACAUGUCCAACAACUUUCAAUCUGAGUCUAUGAAUAACGGACAAUACAUGCCCAACAACUACCAAAACGCAGCCCAGCAGCAGUACUCCAAUCAAUAUCAGAAUCAAGAAGGCAUGAUGAAUCUGAACCCGUAUGCUACUGAGUUUAACCCGGUCCCUGCUCAACAGAACAACACUUACAACAACCGUUACAACAACAAUCAGCCCUCAGAACCUACUCAUUAUAAGGACGAGUUCAGUACGGAGUAUAGUCACGACUACAAGACGGUCAACAGACACCCACAUAACAGUCACCCUGUACCCAUCAGGCAGGAAAGUGAGGACUCUGUUAUCGAGGUUCAUGUGCCCGAAGGAGCAGUAACCCUGCUCAUGCCACACGUGUACCUUGGAAAGUUCAUGAUGAACAGGUCCGAGUUUGAGAAGAAGUACGGAGUGUCCCUGACCACUAACUCUAAGGAUGGAGGCUAUCUCAUCAUCAUCAUUGGUGAGAAGGCAGAGGAAGCCAGCAAGGAAGUAGAGAUGAUGUGGAAAGAGGAACCAAUCACCAGCAGUGACAACAUCACAGAGGGGAAGCACGUCAUCAAGGUAGCACCUGACCGUUACGAGGGAGUAGUCUGUGUUCCGACUGAGCAUUAUCAAGCACUUCUGGCUAAGAGGAACACAGUGGAAUCCAAACACAAGGUCCGUAUUCUGAUCAAGCAGCUGCAAGCGCACAACUGUUACCGCGCGGUCAUACGUGCGGGAAAGAAGACGACAGCUGGAGAAGCUGCGGACGAUCUAGAAACACUCGUCAUGUCGCCAGAACCGGCUGAAGCCGCCGCCCCACCUCCAGCAGCAGCACCUUCCACGUAGUGUACCAUUGUGUGACGUCAGCCUGACAUUGUGACGUCAUUAUUUCACAGAGGACUUGUGUGACGUUUCAGGGGUUGAUGUGUCAACCGAAAUUUGCGUUAAUUUAUAAUGUUAUAACGAGUGCGUGUGCCUGUAAAGGCACUGGAAUAAGGCCUGUACCCUCAUAUAAUCCUGUUCUUGAUUUGUCAGGCAUGUGCUCCUUUAUAGUCCUGUCCUGAUAUCGGGUUGGUAAGAUCUUCAUGUGAUCUUCAACUCACCGUACAUUUGUUGAACACCGACAAGUGACCCAAAUCAUAUUAUGUGUACAGGCCUUAUAACCAACGAACUUCCUUUAAUGUUGAUGAAGGAGCAGUGCAUGAGCGAUCCUCUUUAAGUUAAUAUCGGGUUUAAACACAGUGCUUUAAUAGGUCAGAAUAUUUAAUUUGCAAGGUCAGUUUUUCAGUGUUUUAGUUGCCGCACAAAAUCUUAUUUUGAGGCGCAUUCCCCCUCACUCUUUCCCCAUAUUUUGUGUUCGUAUGUAUUGACCUAUUUAGGUUUUUAAUCUUGUUGUAAAUAAUAAACGCAACGCUUACCGUUUGUUCAAAA